GAUGUGUGGAGCGCAUCUUGUGAUUCUGUGUCCUGCUGCCUCUCGGAUCAAGGGAGGGAGAGAGGCAGAGAGGACUGAAAAGAAUAAGGGUCAGUCCGGGGAUUGUCCUGAAAAGGAGAGGAGCUAUUUCUGACCGGGUGUGUGAGAGGAAUGAGUAUCUGUUCUGUGUUUCUUUUUGUGCCGGUGUAGAAAGGACGUAAUUAUAACCAAGCAGCACAAUGAGCAGAACCACGUUCUUUGAGGUGGAGGUCCUUGAUGCCACGACAAAGGAGCAGCUUUGUUUUUUAGAUAAGGUGGAUCCUCACUCUACAAUAGGAGAUAUUAAGAGUCUGUUUUACAAAUCAUAUCCUCAGUGGUACCCAGCAAGACAGGCACUAAGACUUGAUACCAGGGGAAAGUCGCUCAGAGAUGAUGAGAUCUUACAGAACCUACCAGUGGGAACCACUGCCACCAUGUACUUCAAAGAUCUUGGGCCACAGUUAGGUUGGACUACAGUCUUUUUUGCUGAGUAUAUCGGAGCCCUGCUCACAUACCUCGUCUUCUUUUUUCGAGUGCCAUAUAUCUACUCUCACACAUACGCCCUUACCUCCAGUCCCCAUCCUGUUGUUACACUGGCCUGUGUCUGCCAUACGUUCCACUAUGUGAAGAGGCUGAUGGAGACCAUCUUCGUGCAUCGCUUCUCCCAUGGGACAAUGCCACUCAGGACGAUAGUCAAAAACUGUGCCUACUACUGGGGUUUCUCUGCCUGGUUAGCCUACUACAUUAACCACCCUCUGUAUACACCUCCAUCAUAUGGAGAACUUCAAGUCAAGUAUGCACUAUUCACAUUUGCGAUGUGUGAAAUCGGCAACCUCUCCAUCCAUAUGAGUCUGAGUAACCUAAGAACAGACGGGUUCAGAGUGAGAAGGUUUCCUACGCCAACCAAGAACCCCUUCACAUGGCUGUUUUUCUUCGUGUCCUGUCCAAAUUAUACUUAUGAGGUUGGAGCUUGGUUGAGCUUCACAGUCAUGACCCAGUGUCUUCCAGUGGCAAUAUACACUUUGUUCGGGUUCAUUCAGAUGACGAUCUGGGCCAAAGUGAAGCACAGAGCCUACAUACGAGAGUUCAAAGACUACCCAAGUGUCCGGACGGCCAUUAUUCCCCUGAUUCUUUGAUAAUUGCUUAGGCCUGUGCUAUUGUUUUCUCGAAUCCAACACUAUGCAAUUUUAAUACUGAUGGGCUUAAAAGACGCAAUAAUUUAGAUAUACACUACAGUUGAGCCUUCAAAACCUCCUGAGAACAUUUUAUUUUAUUUUCAGUUUCAGCACACAUGGACCAACAUUUUUAGUAGUGACAUAAGUGUAUCGUUUUACCAUGCAGCUUUUAGUUUUUGUGCUAAAAAUCAAGCUGUUCAGGUCAUAAUACAGAAUGAAUGAUUGUAAAAACAAAAUAAAACAAAAAAAAACAGUUAAUUAUUGGAUUUUCUGCUUGACAAAGAAUGAAUUUUAGUAUAUUCAUAUUAAGCACAGACGGACACUGUUUAAGUGAUUUGUUUUAAUCCAAAUGUGUCCAACUGAAGUCCUGCAGAGUCAGCGUCCUGCAUGUUUUAGUUGAGGUCCCACGCAAACUCAGAUUCAGCAGCUGAAUUAGCUCCUCAUGAUGCCAUCAAUUUAGGUGGGAACAUGUCAAUGAAACUUUUAUAUCUUUUCUGGUGUGAUAUAAACAUCAGCUUGCAGGUCUUUGGUCCCUCAGGACCCACUUUCUAACACCACUAUGUUAAUGGAUUUUAAGUAAAUGUACCACUUUCUCUGUGUUUUAUUUCCACUUGUUGCAACAUUUUAUUUAUCUGGCUAGCUUUUUCAGGAAAGCUUGAGGAAGCAUUAUUUUGCAUCUGUUAUAAAACCAGCAAUUUCCCUGCCAGCAUACCUAGGUGGGCCCCAUGUGGGGAAAAGGA